AUGUCAGAAACAUCCCCAGAGGCCCAGGCCGCAAAGGCUGCGGCCAUUGCCGCUGCCACACGUGCCUUUAACACGGAAUUAUGGACGCUGUACUCGUUUGGGGUUCUCGUCACGGUGUUGAGGACGUAUUCUCGCAUCAAAACUGUGGGUUUCAAGGACCUACGGGCAGACGACUACAUUGUGUGGCUGGCUAUUGUUCUCUACACGACGCAGUCGACUCUGGCCUGGUUUGCCGUCAACUACGGGCAGGGGCUAGCCAACAAUUCCAUGACCGACGCCCAAAGGGCAGCUCUGGAUCCUGACUCGGUCGAAUUUGCUCUGAGAGUGUUUGGUUCCAAGAUACAAGUAGUUGGCUGGACCACGUACUGCUGUCUAAUAUGCACAUUAAAAAUGGCAGUCCUUGUUUUCUACGUGCGACUUACAGAAGGACUCGGCCGUCGUUUUCGCAUACAUAUAUGGAUUGGCUUUGGCCUGGUUGGAGCCACGUUCUUGGCGUCCAUAAUCGCCAUAUAUGCUGGCUGUCGGCCCCUCGAGAAAUACUGGCAGAUCAAUCCCGAUCCAGGCAACUCUUGUCAAGGAGCCAUAGCGGACCCUAUAGUCUGGACAACUUUCUCUUCUAGCGUUGUAACGGAUCUCUAUCUCAUGAUGAUCCCACUACCAAUGCUGUGGGGGACCACGCUCAAGAUCGCCAAGAAGAUUGGCUCUACAUUGGUGCUUGGUGCCGGUGUAUUCGUACUAGUCUGCUCACUGCUCAAGACUGUAUUUGUGGAGAUAGACCCGGUCAACGGUGCACAGUUAUCCGGCGAAUGGGGUACGCGUGAGGCCUUCACCUCGGUAGUCACGACCAACCUGCCCUUACUAUUCCCACUCCUAAGAGCCUGGCUAGGGCCCUUCUUUGGAAGCGUCUUUUCAUCCAACAAGACGUCGAAUAAGCACCACACGUUCAAAACCAUUGGGGGUAGUGAAGCUCGAUCUCGAAACACCACCAGCCGGCGCCGCGAGCCGUCGUCGAUAGCGAAGAAGCACUCACAUACCAUUACCAUUUCCCAGAGUGCGAGCGAGGAGUUUAUAUUUGGCAGGACCACGGACGUCAAUCUGCAGGACCUGACGGAACAAGGCAAAGUGUCGUCUCAAAAGCCAGAAGGCGGGAUUAUUAUAUCGACAGAGUUCCAGAUCACCGAGGAUGGAAGGUCGCCGGCUGUUGAUGGGAAAACCCAGCAUAUUCAUGAACAAUGGUGA